AACUUGGAAUAGUUUAAAAUAGAUUUUCUUUUUCUCAGAUUGUAAUUCUAGACUAAGACUUCCAGCACUGAGGAGUCGGGUGGCGUUCGCGAAUAAAUCAUUUCAAAAGAUUCAAGUCGGAGCUCAAUUUAUUCUACAGUUUGAAACUUCACAUCUGAUAAAAUUUUUAACGAACAUGACGACCUUUCAAGUUCAGGGAAUGCCGACACAAGCUCACAACAUGAUGCUUGUUAAUUCUAGAUGUGGAAAUAUUCCACUUCGUCAAGAAUAUUUUCGUUGUAAUUCAACGUCUUCUGCGUCAGAUAGUCGCAGUGUAAGUAGUGAAGAUGAAAUUAUUAAUGUUACAGAUGAUAAUGAUGAAGUUUUUCGGGAUUCUCCGGUUCCAUCUAUUGAACUUAACAAGACAACUGAAGAGCAAAAUAAGAACUUGAACGGUGAUUUUUACAAUGAAGAAAGAAAAAAUAUUCCAGAGAGUGGAAGUGCGUAUCAUCGACGGCCAAAACCGCCUUAUUCUUAUAUUGCUCUCAUUGCAAUGGCGAUACGUGAUUCUCAAACAGGAAAACUAACACUGGCAGAAAUUAACGACUACCUGAUGAAGAAAUUCCCUUUCUUCCGUGGAACAUACAAAGGAUGGCGUAAUUCAGUACGACACAACUUGUCAUUAAACGAAUGCUUUAAGAAAAUCUUGCGGGAUCCAUCACGACCUUGGGGAAAAGAUAAUUACUGGACCAUCAACCCGACAAGCGAGUACACAUUUGCAGGAGGAGUCUUUCGCAGAAGGAGAAAACGCAUUGCACGACGAAGCGGAAGUGGUGGAUACUUGCACCAUUCAGAUACAGAUGAGGUUCAACCACCAUGUGUACCAGUAAGCACACAACAUCCACUUGCUGUGAGUAUGUGUCAUGCUUAUACAAAUGGACAUCCACAAUUUGCUAAAAUACCGGAACAGAAAAAAGAAACACAGACGAAUAAAGAUGAUUCAUCUAAAAGUUUCACAAUUGAGAGCAUUCUGAAUCGUAAAUGCACCAAACGCGAAGACAUUUCUCCGCCACCCGUAGACUCGAGAAUUAACAUUAGUUCUUUGCCGUAUUAUCCUCUUUAUUAUUUCGCCGAAAUGCCUUUUCUCGCACCGAUGACCGCAGAAGGACUCAAGAAAUCUCAUUGCGUGCCAACGCAACUUUACGGUCAAUAUAGUCCGGACAUCCGAGCACUGCCAAAUGCUUUUGUUCCCAAUUACUGGCAUCCCAUACCGGAACAUCCAAAAUUAUCGCUGCCAACUGUACUCGGAAGCAAGCUUCUGUUGGUAUAAAUGGUCUGAUGCUACCAUUAAGAGAAUUUGUCAAUCACAAACGAUUACAUUUAGACUGUGACUAAAAUCAUAUUAAUAUUUCGAAACACAAGAAUGAUAGAAUACUUUAGAUAGAAUUCCAAAGCUGAUAAUGAAUAAAAAUCUUUGUCCGGUGAGAUAUCCGGAAAUUCUAGUAGAAUGAAAAUUUGAUAUCUCGGUCCACGAA